CUUAGUAGCCAAGACGUAAGGAGUGUUUAUCUUGUGACAUACAGUCAAGCCGAUAUGGACAAAUUUGCCAGACGGGAAGAUUUUGCAAGUGCAGUAGUAGAAUCGUUUUCUCAAGGACAUGCCAAAGUAAAGCACUGGUCAUGUUGUUUGGAAGAACACAAGGAUGGAGGAUUACACUUUCAUCUAGCUAUAAAACUAGACCGAAAUCAACGUUGGAUAUCAUGGAAAACAUAUCUACUUGAUGUGUACAGAAUAAGCGUUCACUAUUCAAAUCGGCAUUAUAAUUAUUAUAGAGCGUGGAAGUAUGUUACGAAGUCCGACGCAUGCUACAUCAAGAGUGAAGGACAUCCCCGUCUAGAUGACACGGAGCCACAGACAAGCUCUGCAAGCCGUUCGAGACGUCAACGUCGGAAAAGAAGUCCUGGAAAUACUACUAACUCGGAAAUAUCAAGCGCGGACGAGGAGGAGGAAGAUAGCGAUGGGAACUCCACCGCUAACGGGAGGAAAAAAAGGUGGAGACUUACCGCGUAUGAGGUGGGAGAAAUAAUUGUUAAAAGAAAUGUCACAACUCUUACAGAACUUCAAGCCUUAGCAUUUGAACAAAAAAAAGAAGGCAAGACAGAUUUGGCGGAAUUUUUAGUUAACCGCAACCCAAAGGUUGUCGCCGAUGUAUUACAAACUGCUUGGGAGAUCGAGAAUGCGCCCAAGAAGUUGGCACGGUUGCGCAAAAGUCGCAUGGACCUUCUAGAGGAUGCUAAAACUGGCUCCUGUGUAACAGGUUGUAAUGGUGAGUGGUUAACGUGUGCGCAACAAAUUUUACACAACAACGGCAUUUCUCUGGAAUUUUUCCGCACUGCUGUGAAGGAUUUACUGGUGAACGGGCGUGGAAAGCACAAGAAUAUUAUGUUAACAGGUCCAGCAAAUUGCGGGAAAACAUUUUUAUUGAACCCACUGACAACUAUCUACGACACAUUCAGCAACCCUGCAACAGGAACCUUUGCUUGGGUUGGGGUUGACAAAGCAGAAUGCAUUUUCCUCAACGACUUCCGCUGGUCUCCUCAAUUGAUCCCAUGGCAUGAUUUCUUGCUUCUACUAGAGGGUCAAACUGUACAUCUACCCGCCCCAAAGACCCAUUUCUCUAAGGACAUUACUGUGAAGUCCGAUACACCGAUUUUUUGUACUACUAAGUAUCCAAUUCUCUUUCUCAAAAAUGGCGUGCUAGAUCAGCGAGAGACUGAGAUGAUGAAAGUACGGUGGAACUUGUUUGAGUUGAGUUACGUAAUCCCUCGGGAAUCGCAGCGCGUGAUCUCAUCUUGUGGGAAAUGUUUCUCCGAUCUGAUACUAGGUUAA